AUGCGUGUCUUGGCUUCAAUUACGUUAUUGGUGGCUGCAGCCUCUGCCUUGCAGAAUCCUCAUCGCAAAGCUGUGCAACACAAGAAGCCUGCUGUUUCGCGAAGCCACAAAACUGCAUCGUCUGGGCAGACGGAGCAUCAGUAUCGGACCAAGACAACGGAGAAAUUCAUGGUCGAUGGCGCCAAUUUCCCUCAGGUCCCUUUUGACAUUGGCGAGAGCUAUGCUGGUCUCCUGCCUAACACUCCUCAUGGCAACUCUAGCUUGUUCUUCUGGUUUUUCCCCUCUACUAACCCAGAUGCCAAGAAGGAGAUUACCAUUUGGCUUAAUGGAGGUCCCGGAUGCAGUUCUCUUGAUGGCUUGCUCCAAGAAAACGGGCCAUUCCUCUGGCAGUCUGGUGUCUACCAGCCGGUGAAGAACCCGUACUCGUGGACCAACCUGACCAACAUGGUCUAUAUUGACCAGCCUGCUGGCACUGGCUUUUCACCAGGUCCCGCCACUGUUCAGAACGAGAUCGAUGUCUCCAAUCAAUUCAAUGAUUUUUGGAGACGGUUUAUCCAGACCUUUGGCAUGCAGGGCUACAAGGUUUAUAUCACUGGCGAGAGCUAUGCCGGACAGUACAUCCCAUAUCUCGCCGCCGGAAUGUUGGAUCAAAAUGAUACCACCCAUUUCAACCUGAAGGGUAUCCAAAUCAACGACCCGUCUAUCAAUGAAGAUAGCGUCAUGAUCUAUGCGCCCGCUACCGCGGCAUUGAACCACUUCUCUAGCGUCUUCUCAUUGAAUGAUACCUUCAUGACUGAAAUUAACCAGCGCGCUGAUAAAUGUGGACACACCAAAUUUCUGGAGGCGGCCUGGACCUUCCCUCCACCGAAGGACUUCCCGCCUGCGAAUGCUGGACCUGGGUGUGAUACAUGGGACGAUAUUAUCAAGGCAGCCACCUACAUCAACCCCUGCUUCAACAUGUAUCAUCUGACCGAUUUCUGUCCGUUCCUAUGGGAUGAGAUGGGUUUCCCCUCCCUGGCUGGCGGUCCGAACAACUACUUCAACGAGUCUGCCGUUCAGAGAGCUCUUCACGUCCCGCCUACCAACUACGCCGUCUGCGGUGGGGAUAUCUUCCCCAGAGGAGAUGGAUCCGUCCCUAGUGCCCUUGGACCUCUUCCUAGUGUGAUUGAGCGAACGAACAACGUACUCAUCGGCCACGGGUGGUAUGACUAUCUGCUGUUCAUGAACGGCUCGCUCGCCACCAUUCAGAACAUGACGUGGAACGGUGCACAAGGCUUCCAGCAUGCCCCUGUUGAGCCCCUGUUUGUUCCGUACACCGAUGCUUUGAACGCAAUUGCCAAUGGUAUUGAGUCGUCUCCAUUCACUGCGGACGCCGGCGGUGGACUCCUGGGAACGGCACAUACGGAGCGUGGGCUGACUUUCAGCACUGUGUAUGGCUCUGGCCACGAAAUCCCACAGUAUGUUCCGGGCGCUGCUUAUCGCCAUCUGGAAUUUUUGCUUGGCCGCAUCGAGAACCUUCAGCAACGGGGAUCUUUUACCACCCAAUAG